AUGAGUGCUCCAUCUUCAUAUUCUUGUUUUCACUUGUUCUUACUUGUUGUUUUGGCCUUGUUUCGUUUAUGCUCAUCUAAUCAAAACUCUCAUCAUGUAUUAUGCAAUGAUGUUGAGAGACAAGCACUUCUCCAGUUCAAGCAUGGCCUCACUGAUGAAUCACAACGACUCACUUCGUGGGUUGCUGAGAACAAGGACUGUUGUACAUGGGCUGGGAUAGCUUGUGAUAAUUCGACAGGUCAUGUUCACGGUAUUCAUCUUCCUGGACUUGAUGGUCAUUGUAGUAUCGAUGAUUAUUAUCUCACGAUAGGAGAAAAAGAAGCCUUGAAGCAGAAAUUGAAAGGGGAAAUAAGUCGAUCUUUGUUGGAUCUAAAGCAACUCAAGCAUCUAGACUUGAGUUGCAAUGAUUUUGGAGGCAUCCAAGUUCCUAAAUUCAUUGGUUCUUUUCAAAACCUAAGGUACCUUAACCUUUCACGUUCCAAUUUUGGCGGAAGUAUCCCUCCACAACUAGGGAAUCUCUCAGAAUUACAUGUUCUAUCUCUUGGAAGUUUUCAUUAUGAACCAUUUGAAACAACGGGCAUGGCGAAUAUGAAGUGGUUGUCAAGUCUUGGUAUGUUGCAUCACCUCGAUAUGAGUGGCGUGGACCUUAGCCAAGCAACCGAUUGGCUUCAGGUGAUUAACACCCUUGCUUCUUUGGUCCAGCUACAUUUGUCUCGAUGUGAACUCUCAAAUCUACACAUGUAUGUUCCUAGUGUCAAUCUCACAUCCCUUUCUGUUCUCGAUCUUUCUUUCAAUAAUUUUAACAGUUCAGUAUCCCAAUGGAUAUUCAGUGUAACUAGUCUAGUUUCAUUGGAUUUAACUGAGUGUUAUUUUCAUGGUCCUAUUCCUAGCUUCCGCAAUUUGACUUCUCUUGAGUUGCUUCAUGUUGCCUGGAAUGAUUUCAUGAAUUCUUCCUCAAUAUUUCAAGAGUUGUCCAAUAGUAAUCUCAUCUCGUUAGAUAUUAGUUAUUGUGGCAUUUCAAGUUCAGUUCUAGAUUCCCUUCAAAAUCUAACAAAUCUUAUUAGCCUCGACUUGUCUGGAAAUCAACUCACUAAGAGAAUACCUAAAUCAUUGGGUAACUUUUGUAAUGUGAGAGAGAUUGAUUUGUCUGUUAACAAUAUUGGUAAUAUUAGUUUAACAUAUUUUCUUGAAAGUUUUUUCGAGUGCAAAUCACCUGCCUUGGAGUCAUUAUCCUUGUCUGAGAACUAUAUAACUGGUAUAAUUCCUCAUUGCAUAGGAAACUUGUCAUUUCUCAGAACAUUAAGACUUGAUGAAAAUCAAAUUUCUGGUCCCAUUCCAUACUCAAUUGGACGAUUAUCAUCAUUGGAACGGUUGAAUGUUAGGUAUAACCAAUUAAAUGGAAGCUUUCCCAACUGGAUUGGACAAUUAUCAUCGUUGGAGGAGUUAAGUAUUGGGUUUAACCGACUGGAUGGCUGCCUUCCUGAUAGCCUUGGACAACUUUCAAAGUUGACUUAUUUAGUAUUUUCUCAUAAUUUGCUUACAGGUGUUGUGACAGAAGCUCACUUUAUCAAACUAGUGAGCUUAAAGUAUCUAAAAGGAUCAGCUAACAAAUUAAUCUUAAGGCUGCAAGUUGCAAACUGGAUUCCCCCUUUCCAGUUGGGAACCUUGUUUUUGAGAAAUUGGGUUUUAGGGCCUCAAUUUCCGUUGUGGUUGCAAUCACAGAAGGAUUUAGAGAAAUUAGACAUAAACAACACAUGCAUUUCAUCACCCAUGCCUGAAUCAUUUUUGAGAUUAUUCUCCAGGUUAAGGUAUUUGAAUAUGUCAAAUAAUCAUAUCCAAGGACCAUUAACGUUCUCUGGUAUCCCUGCCACACUUGAAUUUAUUGACAUUAGCUCGAAUGGGUUUUGGGGAUCGUUGCAUCCUUUCUUGUGUUCCAGUGGUGUGACAAGUAUGAUAGUUCUUAAUUUGGGAAAUAAUAAUUUGUCGGGUGAUAUUCCAGAGUGCUGGGAGAAAUGGUCGUGGUUGGAAUUCUUAAAUUUGGAGAAUAACAGUUUGUCUGGUGAGAUUCCAAGAACAUUGGGUUCUUUACGUAAUUUACACCAUCUAAACAUGCAUGGAAACAAGAUCUCCGGAAGAUUACAUUCUUCUCUAAUGAACUUAACAGAACUAGAUGUUCUUCAACUUGGAAGGAAUGAACUUAAUGGAAGCAUUCCAACAUGGAUUGGAACAAAACUUACUCUUUUAAGAAUUCUUAACCUUAGAUCAAACCGUUUUGACGGAAAUAUUCCUCAUGAGCUUUGUCAUAGUAUACAUAUUCAAAUCUUAGAUCUUGCUCAUAACAACCUAUCUGGAAAUAUUCCGAGAUGCUUCAACAACUUUAGUAUCCUUUCCGGCAUUGAAAGCAAGUUAGGAGAUGACUUUGCUUACAUCGGUACUCUAGCUGAAGUAUCUAUUCCCAGUGAUACAUUAGUGAUGAAAGGACGAGAGGAUACAUAUAGCAGUAUUCUUCCAUUAAUGAUGUUGAUAGACCUUUCGAGUAACAAUCUCACCGGAUACAUUCCUAGUGAGCUAAUGUCCCUCUUGGAGUUAACAUCGUUGAAUUUAUCAAGAAAUCAAUUAAAUGGAAGUAUCCCAGAAAAGAUCGGAAACAUGAAAGAACUGAUAUCUUUAGAUUUAUCCGUAAACAAGCUUUCCGGGGAACUUCCCAUGAGCUUGUCAAGUUUACAUUUCUUGAGUAGCUUCAACGUGUCCUUCAACAAUUUAACAGGAAGAAUUCCAAUAGGUACACAGCUUCAAAGCUUUGGUGUGUCUAGCUUCUUUGGCAACAAACUUUGUGGAGCUCCACUAAAUGAAGCUAAUGGUUGUGAACCAGUUGAAGCAGCAGCUCAUACGACAGGAGAGAAAAAAGAAGACGAUGGAGCAGAUUGGGGGUUGAUUAUAAGCAUAGUGGUUGGAUUUGUUAGUGGAUUCUGGAUGAUUAUGGGUCCAUUGAUAGUGAGAAGAUCAUGGAGGAUUGCAUAUUUCGGUUUUCUGAGUAAAUUGAGAAUUUGA